AUGCAGAUGUCGCAGUGGGGAGAGCUUGGAAAAGAGUUUUCAAUUGAAGAGCUUAAAGCGGCAGUCUCAAUGAUGGGUCCUCUUAAGGCGCCGGGGCAUGAUGGGCUGAACCCAAUGUUCUUCCAACGAUUUUGGGAUGUUGUAGCUCCAGCGGUACACGACUUUGCGAGUAGAUGCUGGGACGAGCCACAGAAAAUAAAAGAAGUGAAUGAAACAAUUCUGGUCAUCAUUCCAAAAGUUAAAAGACCCGUUCAGAUCGAGCAAUUUCAGCCAAUAAGUCUUUGCAAUGUUGGCUAUAAGAUCCUUACAAAGUGCUUAGCAGAGCGACUGAAGCCUUUCAUGCUCGACCUGGUGCAUGAGACUCAGAUGAGUUUCGUACCAGGAAGACAUAUUACUUACAACAUAUGUGUUUUGCAGGAAGUGGUUCACUCUAUGAGGGCUAAAAAGGGACGAGCUGGGUGA